CCAAGGGGCGCAGAGCGGCCGGCGGUACGGACGCACCGGGAGAGCGGGAAGAGGAGGCGCGGACAUUUUACUGCCAAACUGAGCCGAGCCGUGGCGCUGGGAGCCCUUCGGAUCUGCGGAGUCUGGCCACAGAUAAGAGACCAAAAUGACUGACUCAAAAUAUUUCACCACGACCAAGAAAGGGGAGAUCUUCGAGCUGAAGGCAGAGCUCAACAGUGACAAGAAGGAAAAGAAGAAGGAGGCAGUGAAGAAAGUGAUCGCUUCAAUGACCGUGGGCAAAGACGUCAGUGCCCUCUUCCCCGACGUGGUGAACUGUAUGCAGACAGAUAAUCUGGAGCUGAAGAAACUGGUGUACCUGUACUUGAUGAACUAUGCCAAGAGUCAGCCCGACAUGGCCAUUAUGGCCGUCAACACCUUUGUGAAGGACUGUGAGGACCCCAACCCCCUCAUCCGGGCACUGGCUGUACGGACCAUGGGCUGCAUCCGAGUUGACAAGAUCACAGAGUACCUGUGCGAACCCCUCCGGAAGUGCCUGAAAGAUGAGGAUCCAUAUGUGCGCAAGACAGCUGCCGUGUGCGUGGCCAAGCUCCACGACAUCAACGCCCAGCUGGUGGAGGACCAGGGCUUCCUAGACACCCUUAAAGACCUCAUCUCUGACUCUAACCCCAUGGUGGUGGCAAACGCAGUAGCUGCCCUCUCAGAGAUCGCUGAGUCUCACCCCAGCAGCAACCUGCUCGACCUGAACCCGCAGUCCAUUAACAAGCUGCUGACAGCCCUGAAUGAAUGCACCGAGUGGGGCCAGAUCUUCAUUCUGGACUGCUUGGCCAACUAUACACCCAAAGACGACCGCGAGGCCCAGAGCAUCUGUGAGCGGGUCACACCCAGGCUCUCCCAUGCCAACUCUGCAGUGGUGCUGUCUGCUGUGAAGGUGCUGAUGAAGUUCAUGGAGAUGCUGUCUAAGGACUUGGACUACUACGGCACGCUGCUCAAGAAGCUGGCCCCGCCCCUGGUCACAUUGUUGUCAGCUGAGCCAGAGCUACAGUACGUGGCCCUGCGCAACAUCAACCUCAUUGUGCAGAAAAGGCCUGAGAUCCUGAAGCACGAGAUGAAGGUCUUCUUCGUGAAAUACAAUGACCCCAUCUAUGUGAAGCUGGAGAAGCUGGACAUCAUGAUCCGCCUAGCAUCCCAGGCCAACAUCGCCCAGGUGUUGGCGGAGCUGAAAGAGUACGCGACAGAAGUGGAUGUGGACUUUGUACGGAAGGCUGUGCGUGCCAUCGGCCGCUGUGCCAUCAAGGUGGAGCAAUCUGCAGAGCGCUGUGUGAGCACACUGCUUGAUCUCAUCCAGACCAAGGUAAACUACGUGGUCCAGGAAGCCAUCGUGGUCAUUAAGGACAUCUUCCGCAAGUACCCCAACAAGUAUGAGAGCGUGAUUGCCACGCUGUGUGAGAACUUGGACUCCCUGGAUGAGCCUGAGGCCAGGGCUGCUAUGAUCUGGAUCGUGGGCGAGUAUGCCGAGCGGAUUGACAACGCGGAUGAGCUGCUGGAGAGCUUCCUCGAGGGCUUCCAUGACGAGAGCACCCAGGUCCAGCUGCAGCUGCUGACAGCCAUCGUGAAACUCUUUCUGAAGAAGCCAACAGAGACUCAGGAGCUGGUGCAGCAGGUCCUGAGCUUGGCCACUCAGGACUCAGAUAACCCAGACCUGCGAGACCGAGGCUACAUCUACUGGCGCCUGCUCUCCACGGACCCCGUGGCUGCCAAGGAGGUGGUGCUGGCUGAGAAGCCACUCAUCUCUGAAGAGACAGACCUCAUCGAGCCCACGCUGCUGGACGAGCUCAUCUGCUACAUCGGCACGCUGGCCUCUGUCUACCACAAGCCACCCAGCACCUUUGUAGAGGGGGGUCGGGGCGUGGCUCACAAGAGCCUGCCACCCCGCGCCGCCUCGAGCGAGAGCACGGAGAGCCCAGAGACAGCCCCUGCUGGAGCACCCCCUGGUGAGCAGCCAGAUGUCAUCCCCACUCAGGGCGACCUGCUGGGCGAUCUCCUCAACCUGGACCUCGGCCCCCCAGUGAGCGGCCCACCCCUGGCCACCUCCUCAGUGCAGAUGGGAGCUGUGGACCUUCUUGGUGGUGGCCUUGACAGCCUGAUGGGGGAUGAGCCUGAAGGGAUUGGGGGCACCAACUUUGUGGCACCUCCAGCAGCAGCAGUGCCAGCUAACCUAGGAGCACCCAUCAGCAGUGGCCUAAGUGACCUCUUUGACCUGACGAGUGGCGUGGGCACCCUGUCAGGAUCAUAUGUAGCCCCCAAAGCAGUCUGGCUCCCAGCCAUGAAGGCCAAGGGGCUGGAGAUCUCGGGCACCUUCACGCGCCAGGUGGGCUCCAUCUCCAUGGACCUGCAGUUGACCAACAAGGCCCUGCAAGUCAUGACUGACUUCGCCAUCCAGUUCAACCGCAACAGCUUUGGCUUGGCCCCCGCCGCCCCCCUCCAGGUCCAUGCACCACUCAGCCCCAACCAGACAGUGGAGAUCUCCCUGCCUCUCAACACGGUGGGCUCGGUCAUGAAGAUGGAGCCUCUGAACAACCUCCAGGUGGCCGUGAAGAACAACAUUGACGUCUUCUACUUCAGCACCUUGUACCCCCUACACAUCCUCUUUGUGGAGGAUGGGAAGAUGGACCGGCAGAUGUUCCUGGCCACGUGGAAGGAUAUUCCCAAUGAGAAUGAAGCCCAGUUCCAGAUCAGAGACUGCCCCCUCAAUGCAGAGGCCGUGAGCAGCAAGCUGCAGAGCAGCAACAUCUUCACCAUCGCCAAGAGGAACGUGGAGGGCCAGGAUAUGCUCUACCAGUCCCUGAAGCUGACCAACGGCAUCUGGGUGCUGGCCGAGCUGCGCAUCCAGCCAGGCAGCCCCAGCUUCACGGACUUGGAGCUAUCCCUGAAGUGUCGAGCACCAGAGGUGUCCCAGUAUGUGUACCAGGCCUAUGAGACCCUCCUCAAGAACUGAAGUCCAUCCAGCACCCGUCCAGCCUUCUGCCUGCCCCAUCAAGGAGCCCCCGGGGGAUGGCAGCUCAUCCACCUCCUCCUCCUCCUCCUCCUCCUCACAGGAGGGUCUGGGUGGGGCUCAUGGCCACCCAGGGGGCUCCCUGGUCCUGACUGCAGCGCCCAACUGGGUCCUUGGGGCAGGUGGAGUGCCCCUCAUUGGGUGAAAUCUCGUGCACUCCCAUGCUCCAGGCCACCCCUCUUCUGUUGCUACUGAAAUUUGGGGUCAGGUGAGGAGGGGACCAAAGGAAACAGAGCCAGAGUGGCAGCAGAAGCUGGAGAAGAGGCCUCGGGUACUUCUCUUCCUUUUCCCUGUGCCUGAAGGGUGGGUGUGGAGUUGUCCUUGGACUCCCAGUCCCAGCUGUCCUGUCCUUUAGUCUCUUGGGUUGGCGUUAGAGACCCACCUCACUGCCCACUUGGUGCAGGAUGGGCCCUUCCAGCCUAUUCUGGGUGUGCAGGGAGGGCCCCCUUGGUAGCAGAAGAGCUGCUCUGUCAGGGUCUGGGGCUCCAGGGACCAUAGGUGCCAACAGGGGCAGAGCUGAGCAAGAGGAACCCAGACCUGUACCAUCCGCCCCGCAUCCGUCAGGCUGGCACUUGUGGGCCACAGCCCCCAGCACUGACUCAUGCAAUCGAGACCAGGAAAAAGCUCCCAGAGCCCCUGACUUGUGCUCCUGCUCCCCUGGUAGCUGCAGUGCUCCCCACUCCCCACUUCUGGCCCUGAGGACAGUCACUGCCGACGAUACCUUCCUCAGCAUCCCCUCAGUGAGCCGGGCUCCUGGAGCAGAGACAGGGUGGAGCGCUGGGGCUGCGGGCAAGUGGGCGUGCUUCCUCUUUGGGGUUUCUUUGGGGUUUUUCUUUAGUGUCCACUACCCUCUUCCCGGCCUCCUGGGUUUCAGUUGCAUUUGACAGAGCAUUAGGUUUUCCUGUUACUGCUGUUUAAUAAUAAAGAUUCUGCUUUUGGCAA